CUCAGGGCGGCCCGGCCGGUCCCGUGACCGCGGGAGCUGAGGGAGCGAUGGGGGUGCUCCGGGCUGCGACCGCGCUGUCCGCGCUGCUGCUGGCCGCAGGUGUAGUUCUGAGGCAGCCCCAGGAGCCCAAAGAGGUGUGGGGAUAUGUGGAGGUUCGGAACAAGGCCCACAUGUUCUGGUGGCUCUACUAUGCAAAUAACCCAACCAAAGACUUCACAGAGUUACCUCUUGUCUUGUGGCUUCAGGGAGGUCCAGGAUCUUCAGGCUGUGGAUAUGGGAACUUUGAAGAGAUUGGUCCAUUAGACAAAGAAUUGAAACCAAGAAAUACAACCUGGUUGCAGGCAGCCAGUAUCUUGUUUGUGGAUAAUCCUGUGGGCACUGGAUUCAGUUAUGUGGAUGAUUGUAGCUUGUUUGCCCAAAACCUUACCACAGUGGUUUCUGAUAUGAUGGUUUUUCUUGGAGAAUUCUUCAAGUGUAGAACAGAAUUCCAGACCAUCCCAUUCUACAUAUUUUCUGAAUCUUAUGGAGGCAAAAUGGCUGCUGGGGUUGCUUUAGAGCUGCACAAGGCUGUUCAAAAAGGGACCAUAAAGUGCAAUUUUAUGGGGACUGCUCUUGGGGACUCCUGGAUUUCUCCUUUGGACUCUGUGCUGUCCUGGGGACCCUACCUUUACAGCACUUCUCUCCUUGAUGAUAAUGGUCUAGCAGAGGUGACUGCUGUUGCCAAAGAAAUAAUGGAUGCAAUAAAUAAAAAUCAAUAUGGGCUGGCUACUGAGCUCUGGGGCAAGGCUGAAGGUGUCAUUGAAGAGAACACUGACAAUGUGAACUUUUAUAACAUCUUGACUAAGGAGGUACCAGAAGUGAAAUCAGAUGAACAGGAAAAUUUCCAUCUCAUUCGGCUUUAUCAGCGCCACGUCAGAAAAAUGCACCAGAGCAGCCUUGAUGAGCUGAUGAAUGGGCCCAUCAGAAAGAAGCUGAUGAUCAUUCCUGACUGUGUGAAGUGGGGAGGUCAGUCCAGACAGGUCUUUGAGAACAUGGCUGAGGACUUCAUGAAACCUGUCAUCGAUAUCGUUGAUCAGCUUUUGGCAGCCAAUAUCAGUGUGACAGUCUAUAAUGGGCAGCUGGACCUCAUUGUUGACACCAUGGGGCAGGAGGCAUGGAUCCGGAAACUGCAGUGGCCUGACUUGGAGCAGUUCAGCCAGAAAAGGUGGAAGGCACUGUAUGUGUCUCCAGAAUCUGCUGAGACAGCUGCUUUCCACAAGGCCUAUAAGAACUUUGCUUUCUUCUGGAUUCUCAAGGCUGGGCACAUGGUACCAGCUGACCAAGGAGAGAUGGCACUCAAAAUGCUCAGGAUGGUGACUCAGCAGCAGCACUAGGGAAGGGAGGACACCUGGUCUGACUUCCUGUCCAGCAGCAGGGCUCUGGAGGAGUGUGAAUCUGGAUCCUGAGCCAAAGGAGGCACAGUGGCUGUUUGGGCACACAGCCUCCAUCAUCUUGCUGAUACUGUGCACAAGUGCUUGUGGAAAGGCGUUUUUUUCCUUGAAUGAAUUAUUGCUUUUGAACUUUUUAAGCUGUGAUUUGCUGCCUUAACACUGUUCAUAAAUGACUCUUCCAGAGGGAAGUCCCCUGUCAUAAAGAACAAGCCCUGAACCUUUGCCUUGGAAGGAUUUUGUGCUCUUGCCCUUCCCUGAAUGCUCCUUUGUCUGUUUGCACACCAAGAGUAAAACUGAUUUGACUUCA